AUGAUUGAUCCAUUUAACGUACAGCAUGAGAUGAAAGUGCCUUUCUAUGAAAAGCUGUUCAAAUUUCACUCUGGGUUAAUUACCCAUCGCGCUCGAGAGAAAGCGAUGUAUCUAAGGUGUUUUGGAGGAGGUCGGCUAGCGAAUUUACGAUGUCCACCAUUACAUGCCCUCACCAACGGAAAGUGGUUGAAGCGACUUGUUUACUUUCUGCUGUUUCUUGCAUUCCUGUAUGUACUAUUUAUAGCAACACAAUGCUGGAAACUCUAUCUCUACGAUAUGAUGGGCUGGAAACGAGAGAAAUUCAUUUGUGUAAAAUUUCGAGGGCGUUUGGCCAAUCAGAUGUUUGAUUAUGCUUUUCUUUAUGCGUUUGCUCAAAAGAAGGGUUUAUCUAUGAUUGUUCCUCCUUCGGACCUGACAAAGGCAUUCGGAAUCCAACCCAAGACAGGAGAUCAGUAUGGGUUCAGCAGAUACAUGUGUUGGUGUUUCUGGACGAUUGAUGACAAAUGGAACUGUGCCUAUGAUACGUCAUUUGAAGACUUGGAAAAAAAUACAGAUUUGUCGUUUCGUGGAUUCUUCCAGUCUUGGAAAUAUUGGAAAGAUUACGAUGCAGACUUACGAAAGAUUUUUGUUUUCCAAGAUGAUAUAAAAGAAAAGGCAAGGUUUUCUAUGAGGAAAAUUUUGAAAGAAACUGGUAAGAAACCUCUACAAGGAAGUGUCUUGGUUGGAAUUCAUGUCAGACGUGGGGAUCACAUUGAAAGGAGUGAUGUUAAUUAUGGCAAACUUGUAGCUACAGAGGGUUAUCUUAAUAAUUCAAUGAACUAUUUCCGACAGAAAUUUAAGGAUGUUCUGUUUGUAGUGAUUUCUGAUGAUAUCCCCUGGACCUCCAAUGCUUUAAGAAAGUUCAAGGACGUUUACAUAGUGACAGGUAAUUCUGGAGAAGUAGAUAUGUGUCUGCUGACAAUGACCAACCACACCAUCAUGUCAGUGGGAACAUUUGGUUGGUUUAUUGGGUGGAUGACCCAGGGAAUAGUGAUUUAUUAUAAGAAUGUGGCGAGACCAGGUUCUGGGUAUGAAUGGGAAUUUGGACCAGGAAUCCAAGACCACUUUCUACCUCAUUGGAUCGGGAUGGAGUAA